AUGAACGUGGUGACCAUUAGUGGAGGAGAGUCUUGUCAAUCGAGCUGUGCGGCCAGCGACAUUGCCAGUGAGCCAAGUUCUCCGUCGCGGCCAGUCACUCCACAGCCCAUGCCUCCUGUGCCUAUCCAACACUGCCCCUAUGAGUGCCUGAGAGCGGACAGCGAGGACAGCGGCCUCGGACCCAGUCCAGCAAAGUCCCUGGUCAAUCCCACCUCCCCGGAGGGGUCCAUUUCCCCCAUUCAGUUUGGACGGUGCGAAGAGGAGGAAGAGGAUGACCGCUCGGACUCUCUGUUGGACCUCAGUCCUCGGACCGACAACAGCUACGAAUCGGAAGAGAACCAUUGCAGCAAAGAAUACAUUACAAACUCGCCAGAGGAAGGGGUCCAUGGGCUGGACAGUGCGUUCCGUCACUACUGCCUUCCGCUCACUGACUGCGACAAGCCUGCCAUUCCAAAAAGUCCUAAACUGUCGUCCCAAACCGACAGCUUCCAGUUCCUGUUGUCAACAAAAAACUGUUUAAAUAGCAAUCAAACAAGGGCGGAAGACUUCCGACUUCUCCACCAUAGUAAUCAUACAAUGGUCAACUCUUCUCAGUUUCCUUCACAAUUACUGAACUCUGAGGAACUCGGCAAAGAAAGUAACUCCACCGACAUUCUUUCCUCUUUCUUCGACGAGCAGGCUUGUCGCGACGACCUUGAGUCGGACACUUUUUGUGGACAACAACUGCCUUUAAAUUCUUUCACCAAAGCCGAGUGCAUCAAAAACAGCAACGGGUUAAACUUAACAACGCGGGUUUCACCUUCCUCGGUAGACGAGGACCACCAUCAUCCCCACAGCGAAUCAAUCAAUAGUGACCAACUUUUUGUACAAACGACACAUCUGAAUCCCAAAGUGGUCCUCAUCCGAUCGAAUUUCGAUAACCAGAGUUUGUAUGUUGAAGAAAGCAACAGUCGACAGUCCUCUUACAGCGAUGCUGCAAAUCAGGGGCCCCUUUGUAAUGAACUAAAUAUUGACUGUACAUCGUCGAACUGCAGCCAGGGCAGUGCAGUUGACUCACAGAACAGCAGUAGCGUCGCUUCAGGCGAGGAUGGUGCCUGUAAGUGGCUCAACUGCAAUCGGACUGCGGACGCUAAUACCACUGCCACAGAUCUCGUUGAUCAUAUUCGUCAGUGCCAUGUCCAGAGUCAACCAGAUGACAGCAAGAGUUAUGUUUGUCUUUGGGUUGGAUGCAAGGUAUACGAGCGCCCAUCAUGUUCUCGCAGUUGGCUGGAGCGACAUGUCCUGCUACACGGCGGCAGUAAACCCUUUCGUUGUAUCGUGGACGGCUGCAACCAGAGGUUCAGUUCCGAAGUGGUGCUGCAGAGGCAUGUCAAUUCCCACUUCCCUCAGUCCAGGAGCAACAAAGGGAGUGAUCACGCGAAUGGCAGGUUAUGUCGCAGGAAAAGACACAAACACCGCAGGCGGCCACAAUCCCAUAAAUCAAAGGACUUUUUUGAUGACGCUACGAUGGAACAUGUACGACAUAAUUUAUAUCAGUUAAGCUCAAUUGAAGGAAUGGUCUUAGGAGGACCUCCAUCUGCUAUAACAUUCCAUAGUAGUGUUAUUGCAAGAAGAAUUGAUGAAUCAGGAAAAGUAAAUGUUCUUCUUCACUGGGAACCUGAAAACUUAGUGCCAGAUUCAUGGGUUGCCGAAGGGGACAUCAUUUCCAACCUAGAAAAAACCAUUCCAGUUUCCAAACUACCUCGAGAAGCAUUACAGCUCCCAUUUUUGGAUGCACUUCAGACAGCGGGUAUCCUCUCCCGGCCUGGAAAGCGCAAACGAAAAUGAAAAUCUACACAUUUGUUGUUUAAGUUCCAGUCCUUUAUGAAAAAUUUACUGUAGCCUGAAAUCCACCGCUCAAGUGCCACUGAAACAAUUUGUGGAACUUUUUCAUUUGAACAUUAUCCUCAUUAUUUGUUUGUCCCCUGGUUUCUGCAUACCUAUUUAAGUCAAUCAUAUUUCUGCAAAACUGUAAGCAGUUGUGUAAUUUAUUUUCGUAGGCCUUCAUCAAUUAUUUACUUGGUCAUUGGAAAUCAAAAUUUUGUUUUCCAUGCUUUGAAAUCCUCAUUAUCACAUGGCAUUAAUGUUGAGCAUUCAAGGGAACAGGAUAAGACUAUGAAAAUUAUGAGAGAAUAUGUUUGUGUUAUGUAGGAACUAGUGAAUUCAGAGUUGACGAAGCUGAGUGUUUAUCAAGGAAACAAGGUGACUCACAGAAGUGUAAGGUCUGAUGAGUGCCUUUAUUACGCAAAACCCUUCAUUCCAUCUGGAUCCUUUUGUGAUUGAUCUGACUUACUUGCGCAGCUUAAGUUUAAUAAAGCAAUUAAAAAAUUUUUUUUUAAUAUCUUUGUAAUAUUAUAUUACAUAGUUAAGAUAAUGUGUAAAAUUACAUAAAUUUUAUUAGAGCCAUUGCUGUAGCAUCAAAUUAUUCAGAGUUGGCAAGCCUUUUAAUGUUAAUUUUGUGCAAGUUUUCAAAACUGUCUUUCUCUAAUCUGUUCUUCAUAGAAACACACUCUUAGAAUUUCUGUUUUAAGAAUUAUAAAAUACAUUAUCAAAAGUUUUUAAAUAGUUUUAUAAACUUUUGAUAAUGUGAUUGCCUAAUACUUUUAUAAUAUAUUUUCCAAUCGGUUGAUAUAUUAAAAAAGAUAUUUCUUAGGAAUGCCAGAAGCUAAUAUAUUUUCUUUAAUAAUUAAGGAUAUGAAAGAAGUUUUUUAUUUUUGAAACUUAGAAAAGAUUUAAAAAAAAGUUAGUGAUUUUAUGGCAAGAGCAAUUUUCAUAAAACAUCAUUUCUGUUAUUGUAAGAUUUGUUAUUGUAAGAUUUGUAAGAUUUGUUAUGGGCACUUUUUAGUAAUAUUUUAUGUUUAUUAAGGCAUUUUAUUACCAUUAAUCUGUUUUGAGAAUUAAUGUUUUGAAAUAAAUCAGAUGUAUCAUUAAUAUCUCAUUGAAAGAAAUAUGAAUAACAUAUGAAAAUGUUAAUUGUAAUAUUUUUAUAUUUAAUAUCUUAAAUGCUGUUAACAUUUUUGAUUUCGCCCUCCUUUUUUUCAAAUCAGGUUUGCCAUCUGUAUGUAUUUUUUAAAAACUUUUUUAGUCACUAACAUUCAUAUUAAACAUGCUCUUUAAUUAUUUAAACUCAAAAAAGAAAAAGAAAUCCAGAAACUGUAUUUUAUUAUAGAUGUAGGGAAUGCUGUAAACUCACAAAGAAAAUGAAAUUAUAUAACUCUUAGAUAAUUUUUCCAGACUAGAACAUUAAAGUCAUAUAAAAUAUAUUGUUAAGAAAUUUGCCAUAUAAAAUCAUCAUUUCUGAAAAUGAACCUGGAAUUUAGUGACGCAUUUUUAAUUGUAAGUCAGGUCCAAUACAAUCGGGAAUUAAGUGUCAGAUGGUUUCAACUUCACUGCCUGUUGUGAGAAUAGUACAAGGUGAACUGUUGGAAGCUAAUUCAAAAAUAUAUAUCAACUAUUUUUAUAUACUUGCUGCGUAACAAUGUUGUUGAAAGAUAUUGCAUCAGAUUGGGAUUCAUACAAGAGCAACUUUACAAAAAUAAAUAAACGAUGGAUAUCUUGAAGGGUAAUAUGUUCAAUAUCAAAAGUAUUGCAAUGAAUUAGAAGAAAUGAUUGCAAAUGUAGAUAUGUUAACCUCAAUUUAUGUGAAUAGUGUUUGAUAACAUGUUCUUGGCAUAUAUAUGUAUGCAUAAAUGUUUUUAGAAACUGUGGGCUAUCGUAUGUGCUGUGUUUUACUCUCGGCCAAUGUUUGUACCUAAUGUUUUGCUGAUAAAUAUUUUGUAUUUAAAAUGCAGUGGUUGUAACUGAAAAUUAUUGAAAUACAUCAUGUAUAUAUAUUUUUAUUUGCAAAUCCUUAGUUUCCUUUUAUUAUUCUUAUACAGUUAGUUGCAAAAUUAUCAUUUUGUGUUACACUUAUUAGUCAAGGUUUUAAUGAUAUUUCAUGAAUACUAAUUGCAUUUAACAGAAAUAAUUAUUCAUGGAAUAUCCAGUAGUUUUAUACAUUUUUGUGAAUAUUGAAUGAAAUAAAAUAGUUAAUGAGUUCAGGGUUUCCAAACCAUUAUUUAUGACUAUGGGACCAAAUUGUUGUUUUCUCCCCUCGGAAUUUGUUUAGUUCUUGAUUUAUUAAUGUACUUCCUGUCUUUUUUCCUGUUUUUGAAAAUAAUGAAAGACUUUCUUAAUAACUGGGUUAUCAUCUUGAGGAAUAAAAAUGUAUACUUUGUAAUUGAAUGUAUUUAAUUUAACUGUUAUGCUUUUUUUAAUUAUAAAUUUCAAAAGAGUACUUGAUUUUAAAAAAAAAAGUGCAAAAAAGAAAUGUCAGAACUAAAUUUUUUGUUCCUUCUAUAUGAAGCUUUAAGAGUGUAUAUAUAUUCAAAAUAAAAGCAAUUAAAAUUAA